UAACCCGAUAGGCGAUAACGGGAAUAAAUCGUAUGAACUUACUGUGGACAUGGAAAUCGGAAAUUAAUAAAUAGCUUACUAUAAUAUUUAUUUAGCUUCCAGUUAUUGUUAAUUGUUAUGUAUACUAAAAUUUAAAUUUAACUUUAAAUUUACAAUGUCCGACACCGAGGAUGUAUACAUGUGUGAAGAUGACGAAGAUUAUGGUCUCGAAUAUUCAGAAGAUAGCAAUUCUGAACCCGAUGUGGAUUUGGAAAAUCAAUAUUAUAACUCAAAAUCGCUAAAAGAAAAGGACCCUAACGCUUCAUUAGUGUCAUUUCAAAAAGUAUUAGAUCUUGAAGCUGGUGAAAAAGGAGAAUGGGGUUUCAAAGCUCUAAAACAAAUGAUCAAAAUUAAUUUUCGACUUAGUAACUUUGAUGAAAUGAUGAACCGUUAUAAGCAAUUAUUAACAUACAUAAAAACUGCAGUUACUCGGAAUCAUAGUGAAAAAUCUAUAAAUUCAAUUUUAGAUUAUAUUUCAACUUCAAAAAAUAUGGAAUUAUUGCAAAAUUUCUAUGAAACAACUUUAGAUGCAUUGAAAGAUGCCAAGAAUGAUAGACUUUGGUUUAAAACUAAUACAAAAUUGGGUAAAUUGUAUUUUGAUUUAGCCGAUUACAAUAAACUGACCAAAAUUCUGAAGCAGUUGCAUGCUUCUUGUCAAACUGAUAAUGGUGAAGAUGAUCUUAAAAAAGGUACCCAACUAUUAGAAAUUUAUGCUUUAGAAAUACAAAUGUAUACAGCACAAAAAAACAACAAGAAAUUGAAAGAACUUUACGAACAGUCACUCCAUAUUAAAUCUGCUAUUCCACAUCCUUUGAUUAUGGGUGUUAUUCGAGAAUGUGGUGGUAAAAUGCACUUGGAAGAAGGCCAUUUCUCUAAAGCACAUACUGACUUUUUUGAAGCUUUCAAAAACUAUGAUGAAUCUGGAAGUCCUCGUCGUACAACAUGCUUAAAAUACCUAGUUUUGGCAAACAUGUUGAUGAAAUCUGGUAUCAACCCAUUUGAUUCACAAGAGGCUAAACCUUAUAAAAAUGAUCCAGAAAUAUUAGCAAUGACUAACUUAGUCCAAGCUUACCAAAACGACGACAUUAAAGAAUUUGAAACAAUCUUAAAAAAUCAUCGUCAAAAUAUAAUGGAUGAUCCAUUCAUUAGAGAACACAUUGAAGCCUUAUUAAGUAAUAUUCGUACUCAAGUAUUGAUAAAAUUAAUUAAACCUUAUACUCGUGUUCAUAUACCAUACAUUGCAAUGGAACUCAAUAUUGAAGAAAGUGAUGUUGAAAAUCUUUUAGUUACGUGUAUUCUAGAUGAGACCAUUAAAGGCCGCAUUGAUCAGACAAAUCAAGUUUUAACUUUAACACUAGUUGAUUCUGCAACCAACCGUUAUGCAGCCAUAGAUAAGUGGACCAAUCAACUAGCUACUCUCAAUUUAUCUAUUUCACAAAAAAUAUUUUAAAAAUGUUCAAUGUAAUUUUUUUUUUUAAUAAAUCUUUUACAACAUAAUA